AUGGACGACUCAGACGACUAUUUCGACGACGACGACCUUGUUCUGGACGAGGCCACCUUGGCUAUCCUUGACAAGGAAGAACACAAGCAUACUGUCCCCCAAAGCACGCCCGAUAGCCAGUCACGACCGGCGAAGCGCCAAAAGACAGGCCAUGGAGGAUGGGGCGGGUUUGUCGGACGCAGCACGGUCGAGGAUGACUUCGAAGACAUGCCUGAGAUUUCAGUGAGGGACGACGGGUCAUACGGCAUUCGAGGGUCGCAAGGGCUGGAUGUAUUGGUACGAGCUAAUAACACCGUUGACCUACCCCAAUCUGCCACUCUAUCCACAAGUAAGCCGAAUCCUCCUUCAAGAGUACCUACACGCACCGAGAGCGUAUUGCGACCCCCUCCCACGCGCCGUGCAUCAACUCCUUCCUCUAUAUUUCAGCGCAACCGUUCGAUACGCGAAGCUCUCAAGGACUCCCCUCAUGUACCGGCUGCGGGUACGAAUAAUCGUGUCGACCCUACCUUUCGCGCGUCUCAAGCACCCCAGUUACUUCCGUCUCAAGCCCUACAGCUACCUCCGUCUCAGUCUCAACGUCGAAAUUCCCCCGCGCCUCCCGCCUCCCUUGGAACGAAUGAGAGACGCCUUCAACGCGAACUAGAAAUUCUCAAUGCCCGUAUGGAGGAGCUCCAGCGCAAGGCAGAGGAAGCGGAGAAAGCAGCCAAAGCAGCUGAAGAUGCUCGCUUUGCCAAGGAGGGUGAAGUGAGCAUUUUGAGGAAAACCAUGGAGAAGACCGCCCGAGAACAUGCGGCCAAUAUUACACGACUCAAGUCAGCGAAAGAGGCCGCAGAAGCGGCACAGGCGCAACUGCAAAAGGAGAUGAAGGAGGAAAUGGAACGGCUACGAACUGAAUUCCUCUUCAAGCAACACGAAAUCGAGACGUCUCUCCGCAGACCACCCGGCAGUGUACGCUCUACGCGGAUAAAUCGGGAUGUCCCAAUGACCCCCGCCCAUAUGACAACACCUAGAGUUCCCCGCUCGGCCCUAAGGAAUCCUGGAAUCCUCGGUUCAAGCCCCUUGGUGCGCAAAAACGUCGUCCCGCCGCCCCAGUUCGGAGAGUUCGAGCAGGGGCCUUCGAAGCUCCCGCGGGUCAGACGGGACACGCCGAAGAAACCUGCUCCUCUCCCUGGGUUUUAUAACUCGUUUUUACCCGGACCCGCACCUCGUGAACCAACUCCCAAGACUAUUCGCCCGAAGCCUAGCUCUCAGGCCUGCGAUAAGAAGGGGAAAGGGCGGCAUGUCCCUAGCCCUUCGUUAUUCAGCUAUCACUCUCAAGUCCUGAGCAACGAGCCCAUCCCUUCACCUCCGAGUAGUCCUACCACCCGCGGACAUGCAGGGGAAAGCGACGAUGUUGUCAUGGACGAUACUGACGCGAAAGGAUCAGACCCUUCCGAAGCGCCCAUGGAAGCUGAAUUGGAAGUGCAGGAGGAAAUCGACGAUGCAGCAAUGGAAGGUAUCGAAAUCCUGGAACCUCCCGAUUAUCCUACAGAGCUCCGACGGCUGGUGUUCUCUCAUGCUCUGCACUCGCAGCCGCUGACGCUGCAAAUGCUGCUGGGCGCACCUAUAUCAUCCACCGUAUCUUCCCAUGAUAGAGAUCACUACCUCUCUGCAUGCGGCUCGCUGCUGGAGUUACUAGGGGCGACGCCAGGGGUGAGCUGGGAGUCAUUGGCCCAGAGGGUGUCCGAAGUCUUGCUAAAGCUCGUCCAACCCCUGAGCUUCAGUGAUCUGACUUCACAUUUGGCGGCCCUGCUAAAUAUGCUUUCCGUGCUCUCUUUUGCUUUCUCGACAAUCGCCACUGCAGCUCUAUCACCCUCUGAAGCCACCUAUAAUGCGAACCAGCCUCCACCCAUCGUCGCUGUAUUGUACGAUAUCAUCCAUAGACACGUUGUUCCCACCAAAUGUGCUGGAGACGAAGGGCAUCGCGACCUGGUGCGAGAGAUUGUGGGCUUGAUAGAAGCUCUCUGUUUCAGUGCAGACGAUGCGUGCGAUGAAUAUCUUUCUGAGGUCCUGGCUGCAGACGGCGUAUUGCGAGUAUUAGUCGACAGUGCACAACCGUCGUGGUUAUUGGACAGGGCCACUCGAUGCUUGGCGCUGCUGGCAAGCCGUGAGACGGUGGCUCGAUCCUUAAUAUCGAAGCCCGUACAGGGCGCGUCGGACGAAGAUCAAGCUGGCAACCAAGGGCAGCUUGGGGCUCACAUAGAACUCCUAGCUGCUCUAUUGGCAGAUCAGGCACGCGUGGACCCUGAGAUGGAGAGCACGAGAGCGAAUAUAUUGACAUUCUUCGCGAUGCUCUCUGUAAGCGGCGCUGCCGCUGUUACAUUGCUCCUGGAGUCGCCGACCGUACUGCCGUCGCUCAUCGUGCUGAUGGCACGUCUGGCCGGGUUAUUAUGGGAUCAAGUAGACACGACCGAUUCGGUUCUGAGUCCACGAGAACGUAUCAGGACCAUCUACCAAGCACUGACAUUAUUGCAAUAUCUUGUCUGCGGUCAAGGGGUGGAUUUCUAUGAUCUCCGAAGAAGCCUCCAUAACGCUCCACAUCGGCAGUUCAACGGGUUAAUCCACAUAUUCAUAGUGACAUUUGGCCGCCUGAGCUACGCUGAUGCACCGCAAUGGAUGUCGGCUGAACUUUGUAAUGAGGUGGAUGACAUGAGGGAUAUGGCUAGGGCGUUGCUGGAGCUGGUGGUCGAAGGGCCGGAAUUGGAUAGUAUCUAUGCUGCAUAUCAAGAAGACGAUAGUGAGGUAGAUGGAGAAGAAAUGGAGGCGCGCAAUCUCGAGACUAACUCGCUGGAGUAAGACAUGUCGGGUUCGUACUCUCUCUUGAGUCUGCAUAUUUUAUUAUCUGCGUCUUGCUGUAUCGUUAUGUUCUACAUAUAUCCGUUCCUACAUUGUCAUCUCCCCUUCGCCUCAGGCCCCAUUCCCGUGUUGUCUAUACCGACGGCAGGUGUUAAUAUUGGCAUGUCCG